CCUGUGCCGCCAUUUCGGGAUCGGUGAGGUCGGGAUCGGUGAUUAGAGGACUGGUUGCCGCGUCUGCUUUGGGGGGCGGCGUCUUUUGCCGCCUUAAGCCUGGUGGUAGCAUCGAGUGCCGGGGCGCUAGGGAGAGGUCCAUAGGAGGAGGAAAGCCAUGGCGGGCAACUUCGACUCCGAGGACCGGGCGAGCUGGUACUGGGGCAAGCAGAACAGACAAGAGGCGGUGAAUCUUCUGCAGGGCCAGCGGCACGGUGUCUUUUUAGUUCGGGACUCCACUACUAUACCUGGUGACUACGUCUUGUCUGUCUCUGAGAACUCCAAGGUCUCCCACUACAUCAUCAACAGCGUCAGCAACAACCGGCAGAGUAGCACCGGAAUGGUCCAGUCCCGAUUCAGAAUAGGUGACCAAGAAUUUGAUUCAUUACCGACUCUUUUGGAAUUCUAUAAGAUACAUUACCUGGACACUACCACUUUAAUAGAACCAGUUUCCAAGUCUAAGCAAUCUGGUGUAAUCCAAAGACAAGAAGAAGUUGAAUACGUGCGAGCUCUCUUUGACUUUAUUGGCAAUGAUGAUGAAGAUCUUCCAUUUAAGAAAGGAGACAUCCUGAGAAUUCGCGAGAAGCCCGAGGAGCAGUGGUGGAAUGCGGAGGACAGCGAUGGAAGACGGGGCAUGAUACCUGUGCCUUACGUCGAGAAGUACAGGCCUCCCUCUUCAGCAGGGUCAGCCCUGAUUGGAGGUAACCAGGAAAAUUCGCACCCGCAACCACUGGGUGGGCCGGAGCCAGGGCCCUAUGCCCAGCCCAGUGUCAACACUCCGCUGCCUAACCUUCAGAAUGGGCCCAUUUUUGCCAGGGUUAUCCAGAAGCGCGUCCCUAAUGCCUACGACAAGACAGCCUUGGCUUUGGAGGUUGGUGAUCUAGUAAAAGUUACAAAGAUUAAUGUCAGUGGCCAGUGGGAAGGAGAGUGCAACGGGAAAUAUGGUCAUUUUCCAUUUACACACGUGCGUCUGCUGGAUCAACAGAACCCAGAGGAGGACUUUAGCUGAUCCAUUCCCGUGAGAAGAGAACAAUCUUGCUCUGUCUCCCGCUAUUUCUUCAUCUGCCAUUUAGACUGCCUUUAACACAUUUUGAGUAGUCCUGCCCCAGAAUCCCUCUCAAUCGCAGUCCACCUAUAACUGAGAUUUGGCAGAAUCCUGGUUCAAGCUUGGCUCAAAUCAUCCAAUAGGCAGAUAGUAAAGGUUAUGCUGAGGAAACGUAACUCUAAUGCAAAGAACUGCACAAUGUAUUGUAGCAAAGCAUUUUAUUGGAACAAGAGACAUGACUUUUCAUCCUUCCCAUGUUAUAUUUCAAACAAGCCGUACCAUCUAAAGAUAUAUCAUUGGACUCCACUUUUUUAUCCUUUGUAUUAUCUGACUUUAAUAUGUCAAUAGGUUAACACUGUAUGGUAUUAAAUUAAGUAUCCACUAUGCUGUACAAACCAUUCUUUCCUGAUUAAUAAGCCAGUACCAGUCAUACCUUUCCAUGCAGUGGAUUUAGUGAUUAAACUCCUUUUGAAAGCAGGAUGAUCAAGGGGAUUUGCCUGUUGGUUUCAAAGCAUUUUCCAUAACGAUGUUACCUGAUCAUAAUUACUCAUUAAAAUGGUAAGAAAUAAUCUUCCAAUAAAAAUUCUCCCAUGAAAAA